AUGUCACGAAGCCCUCCUCCGCCUCCCAUCCAUAUUGAGGCCACGACAUGGACAAGAGACUCUCAUGAACUGUUCGAUUAUGAAAGCCGCAGUAUUGCGAAAACCAACUUCGAGGUUGUCGGCAAUGCACGGCUGAUCAGACGGAAUGGUGAGGUUUCUAUGGAGUCGGACUGUGGAGAAUUAGUGGAGCCUGCUGAGCAUACGGACUACCUCCUGAAAUGUGUCAAUUUCGACACCAAAUACCUCAUACAACCAGCAGAGAAGCAACCUGAAGGGUCUCGAUGGUCGGCAAAGAAGCUGUGGUUGGUUAUCAAAGAUCUCGGACCCUAUAGCAUAAGUGAAGGUGACGUUGUGAAACUCGGUCGUUUCAAACUGCGAGUUCGUCAACUAUGUGGGUAUGAAUCAGAAGAGCUAGUGAGGCCCGACUUGAUGGGUCCAGAAUCUCAAACUUCUAUGGCUACGUGCGCUCCCCCUGAGGCCGACGGAAAGCCUUGCAGGAUUUGCCUGCUAGAGGCCAGCGGUUCUGAUGAAGAUCCAUUGGUGGAAGCCUGUGCUUGCCGGGGCUCGAUUCGGUAUGUUCACUUAGGGUGCCUACGACACUGGGUAGAGGGUCGCCUUAGUCUCCACUCCGGUUCUGAGCAGCAAGGGUCGACACACACAUACCUAUUCCGACAACUAGCGUGCGAACUAUGCCGAACUAAUUAUCCACUGUACGUGAGACUACAUGAUGGCCAUGUGGAGCAGCUGGUCCCAAUGCCGGAGACUCGAGCGCCAUACAUGGUAUUGGAGAAUAUGAUGAGAGUAGACCCAAUCGGUGGUGGCCAAACUGAAGGUGCUGACAAUCAGUCGUCUGUCCAUGCUAGAGGAGUCUAUGUCAUAUCCCUCGCUGGGAAGAAGAUGCUCCGUCUCGGACGAGGCCAUGAGAGUGACGUGCGAAUCGCGGAUGUAUCAAUAUCCCGUUGGCACGCAACUGUAUCAUUCACGGAAGAUGGUCGGUUCGUACUAGAGGAUCACAACUCGAAGUUUGGCACCCUCGUUGCUCUGCGAAGGCCACGGGUUAUCGAAGCCGCUCCUCCACCCGAGCCAGUAGGGGAGGAAGAGGUUCCGAAAGCCCCAGUCCUCACAGUACAAGCGGGCAGAACUGUCUUUAGGAUUAGCCGCGAUGUACCACCACCGCUGUUGCCACCUGCAAGGCCGGAUCCUCUUGUGGUCCCGGAAGGAGCGUCCAUUGCGGAUCAGAAUGUAGCGGUAGCGAUGAUAGCGGCACAACUGGGGAAUGAUUAUCGAGCGGCAGCAAUGGCCUUGCAACGGCAGCAGCAACAACAACUAAUGAGAGAACGAGGGGGUCUGCGGUCCGAUGAUGAGGAAGACGAGGAGCAGUGGGGGAAUGACGAGCAACCGGAGCAAUAGUCCUGAACACCUUUUUGUUGUUAAGUUUAUGCUGAAGUCUAGCAGGCUGUCACCAAUGGCACUGUUACUGGUGGCAUGCUUUAACAUUAGUAGUUUCGAUUGGUUAUGUGCGGUAGCUGAGUAUCAUUUAUACCGUCUUGUUGUCCGACUUCGAGAGUAGACUCCUAAGUGGUGUCUUAACUAGUGCUCCCCCAAAUCUAGGGUCAUCCAUCACACGGGUGUGGAACGGUAGAAUGGACAUCUUCCCGGUAUCAUCAUGUAGUUUUUGAUAUUUUGUUUGCAAUGAGUGAGGAUCAGUGGUGACUGUUAGCCGUAAUAUCAGGAGUAUCACCAUUAUCAGUUGUCGUGAUGGUACUUGGGAAUAUGCACGGAAUCUUCUAUACCAUUGAUAGUUGUUAUUUCGCUGCGGCGUUGCGAAGU